CGCCGCCGGCGCCGCGCGCCUGCGUGUGCCGGGCCCGCCCGCCCCCCGCCGAGGCCGCUGCCCGACGCGCGGAGCGGCGCCGGCUGCCAGCACUCGCGGCGCCGCCGGUGCGGAGGAAGGCGCACGCCCCGGCCCCCGCCGCGCCCCCGGGGCUCCGCGGCGGCAAAUGGUGGGGCCGGACGAUGCCGGAGCUCCGGGCGGCGCAGCCGUGUUUCCCGCGGGCCGGCAGGAGGCGGCGGAGGAGGAGGCGGCGGAGGAAGAGGAGGACGGGGAGCGGGAUGGGAGCCGGGGCUCGAGCCGGCGGAGCGGCGGGCCGGGGCAGGAGCGGCUGCUGCAGCGGUACCUGGCGGCGCUCGGCCCCGCCGCGGCGGCGAGUGGGAAGCGCUGCCCGGAGAAGCCCGCGAACGGAGCCGCCUGCGCCGUGGGCCCCUGCGGGAGGAUGACCAACGGGGACGUCGGCUUCCUGCUGCCGCCGCAGGAACCGCCGCCACCCCCUCGGGCAAGACGGGAUGAGCCGGGGCCGGAGGAGGAGGAGGAGGAAGCGAAACUGCAGAACGGGGGCUUCCUCCCUUGCCCGGCGGGAGGCGUCCCCUUGGGAACCACCUUGGAAGAGCCGCUGAGGAGCUGCCGGCUGCGGAGCGAGGCGGAGCGGCGCGGGGGGGCGGCGGCCGAGAGUCCCUCGCCGCCCCGCAGCCCGGGGGGCGACGCCGGCAGCCGGGUGCUCGCUGCCCCCUGUGCGCGGACCUGCCGGGACCGGGCAGAGCCCGCUGCCCUGGCCCCGGCGCCCCUCGGCUUCACGGACGUGAACCUGAACUCCCGCAACACGUACGAGGUGAGCCGCCGCCGCAGCGCCCCGGAGCACCUGGCCCACGGAGGGACCGCGCCCGCCGAGCCGGCCCUGCCGCCGCAGGAGCCCGCGGAGAGGGCCCGGCACCGGGUGGGCAUCGCCGGCGCCGGCAGCAGCUUCGCCGAGUUCUUCACCAGAAACUUCUUCACUAAAAGGACAAAGGAGCUCAAACCUGCUGUCCAAAGCGCUCCUGGUUGGAAGUUGUUUGGAAAAGUCCCACCCAGAGAAAACCUCCCAAAAGAUUCCAAAAUUAUUCAGCAGGAUGACAGUUCUGGCAGUCUUGCGUCAAUAUCUGCUCUCAGUCUAUUAAACACGGGGGAAUAUGAAGCACGGACAGGAAGAAUGUAUAAACCUCCACCCCCAUCAGCAAGACGUAAAAAUAUUGAGUUUGAACCACUUUCAACUACUGCUUUGAUUCUGGAGGAUCGACCGGCAAAUCUUCCUGCCAAAUCAGUGGAGGAGGCUUUACGUCAUCGACAGGAGUACGACGAGAUGGUGGCAGAAGCAAAAAAACGAGAAAUUAAAGAAGCACAUAAAAGGAAAAAAAUAAUGAGAGAGCGUUUCAAGCAAGAAGAGAAUAUCGCUAGUGCUAUGGUGAUUUGGGUCAAUGAAAUACUACCUAACUGGGAAGGCAUGCGUGCUACCCGAAGAGUUCGAGAGCUGUGGUGGCAGGGAUUGCCCCCAAGUGUACGUGGGAAGGUUUGGAGUCUAGCUGUGGGAAAUGAAUUAAACAUCACUCCUGAACUUUAUGAAAUCUUCUUGUCAAGAGCUAAGGAACGAUGGAAAAGCUUCAGUGAGACAAGUACUGAGAAUGACAUAGAAGAUGCAGGUGCAUCUGUUGCUGAUCGUGAGGCCAGUCUGGAGCUAAUUAAGUUGGAUAUAUCACGCACAUUUCCAUCCCUGUAUAUUUUCCAGAAGGGUGGUCCUUAUCAUGAUCUCCUGCACAGUGUUUUGGGAGCAUAUACAUGUUACAGACCAGACGUGGGAUAUGUACAAGGGAUGUCCUUCAUUGCUGCUGUGCUCAUUCUCAAUCUGGAAGAGGCAGAUGCUUUCAUUGCCUUUGCUAACCUUCUAAACAAGCCAUGCCAGCUGGCCUUUUUCCGUGUGGAUCACAGCAUGAUGCUGAAAUACUUUGCAGCCUUUGAAGUAUUUUUUGAAGAAAAUCUUCCUAAAUUGUUUCUUCAUUUCAAAUCAUACAGUCUGACUCCAGACAUAUAUUUGAUAGACUGGAUUUUUACACUCUACAGCAAGUCAUUACCACUUGAUCUGGCCUGUCGUGUCUGGGAUGUUUUCUGUAGAGAUGGAGAAGAAUUUUUGUUCAGGACAGGAUUAGGAAUCCUUCGGUUAUAUGAAGAUAUUCUCCUACAGAUGGACUUUAUUCAUAUAGCACAGUUUCUAACAAAACUUCCAGAAGAUAUUACAUCAGAAAAGCUUUUUAGUUGUAUUGCAGCUAUUCAGAUGCAGAAUAGUAACAAGAAAUGGGCACAGGUGUUUGCCUCAUUGAUGAAGGACAACAAAGAAGGGGACAAGAACCAUAGCCCAGCACCGAAAAGCUAAUGUUGAGGUCCAUUGGAGACGUGGAAAACCACUUGAUGACAAGGAAGUCUUCACAUCACUUCUAUGUGAAAAAAGCACGAUAGAAAAUGUGAAAAUGAGAUGGAAAAAAGACACCGUUCUCAGUGGAGUAACGAACUGAUGAAAUCUUCACCCUUUUGCCAGUAUUAGUUUUUGCCAUGGGAAGAUCUGAUUUCACACAGAAUACUAAAACCUAUGAAACUGAGAAGCGAGGAGCUCAUAUUUAAUACUUUAAAGAAUCAGCUCAAUGCAAUAAACAUUUGUAAUAACUUCUGUUGGUACUUUAAACAAAUUUUUGAGGCAUAACUGUUUUUAAAAAUACCACAAAGGCACUUUUUGGAGGGGAUGAGGGAAAUGCUAAAUCUUAAGGCCCCAAAACUGCUAUCCAAACCAAAUGCUUUGGUACAAACAUUACCUCCAAAAUUAACAAUUUGCAAGUAUUGAGGACCAAAUAAAGUGGUUUGGUAUGUUUAUGUGCAAGAUGGUUAAGAUUUGGGAAGGGGUAUUUUCUUAUUUACUUGUUGGGGUUUUUUUUUAAGUUGCAGCUUCAUUCUUCAGUCUGGGCAAAUGUAAUUAACUCAGGAACUGUAGACAUAUUGUGCCCAAACCUAGAGCAAAAAUAAUCUGAAUUUUAAACAGUGGUAAGAACAGGGCUGCUAUUUUCACUGUACAGCUUUCAAAGCAAUUGGUGUUUAAGCGUUUGUUUUGGUGUAUUGAUUGUGGAGUAAAUGGAGUGGGUAUUCUGUGAAAGGGUUUUGCCACCAGAAGUUUUAUAUUGUUGAGCCAUUUCCAACUACAAAAUACUUGUAUGUAAUGGUGAACACUAGAAAAUGACGAGGCUAUUUAAAGGCUUUUGUGUUCUCAAAGAAGCAGCCACUUUUAACACUUGGAAAUAAUGCAGACACAGAAUUGUUUUUGAAAUUGUCUUUUUAUUAGUGUGCAAUACUGAAAUCCAAAAAGCAUCUGUUAAGUGAUAGUUCUCUAACACCUUUUAACUGUGAGACAUAAGGUCAUGUUCUAUGUGUCACGGCAAAUAUUUUCAAACAUUUCCUGUUCUUGAAGAUGCUGUACAACAACCUGUGGUUGUAGGGGACAGAAAUUUAAAAUGGAUAGCACUGCAGGUGCGGAACACUUGCACUCUCCUGAUCCAUUUUUUGCUAAUAUUUAAUGUAAAUAAAUUCCUUACAUGUGGGUUUUUGUAACUGGUCCCUCUGGAAAUCACGUAAAAAUUACCAUUAUGUAUUUUAAAGUGCAGGAGGCUUCCAGUUGUCUGGUGUUUUAAAAGCAGAGUCUGCAUAAUCGGGGUAAAGAUUUAGUGUGGUGUAACUUGCGUCGCUAUCUGGUUUAAAAUCUACAUAUAUGCUACUCAUAACAUUACAAUUUGAAAUGUAAAUGUCCGAUUUUUCUUAACUUAUGUAUUCACUACUUUAAUUGGAUCCAAUUUGUCUUAUAUUUUUGUGUUAUCUUGUACAGUUUUCUUACUUUUCAACUAUAAAUCUGUAUAUAACUGUAAAUAGAAGGAUCGAGCCUUCCUUUAAGACCACUAGUACCAAUUCCUGUGUAAAUAAAACUUACAGCAGCC